AUGGCAGCGGCUCGGGGCUUAGAGGAAGAUCAUGGCCGGAGAGAAGCAUCCAUCCGCAGCAGCACAGCCUUUAAGUAUUCGACAUUUGGCCUCGCUGGGGCUGAACAGAGCCAAGAACGAGUGCAGACAAGAUACGGAAACGAACGUGUUGCGAAGAGGAGCGAGACCCUGGAAAACAAGCCACCGGACUGGUGGUUUUCGGCCCCAGAGGCGAGCCCCUUCAAAUACGGGAGAUCCGCGAUCGGUGAUCGUAUCGUCCCACUUUUUGCUGUUUCGGGGAGGGAUGAGCUGAAGGAAACAAGGCUUUUGUCAGUGACGAGGUGA